UGUCGUCAUUGCGGAAUAUGGUUCAUGUCGUAAUUGAAAUAGCAAAAAAUUGUUGUCGAAGUACUCUCAACUUUUGCUGAGUAAUAAAUAUACUAUAUAACUAAAAACCCACCAAAAUCGUAAAUGGAAGGCGCUGUAAGCGACAGUUCGGUUACAAGUGAAUCGAUAGAAGAAUCAAAAUUUGCUGGUGUUGUUUUCCACAAUAUUCAAGAAAUAUAUCUACCCGGAAAAGAUAUACGUUGUUGUUAUUCCAUCAAACCGUCUGUCUUGGCGACAGCAAACGACUGGAUAGGGCUCUACAAAGUCGGCUGGCAGUCUCCAAAGGAAUAUUUAUGCUACGAAUACUCCCCAGUCAUCGAAAAGAGUGCCGAACGUACUUCGUCUAUUUCGUCCAGUGCAUCUUUGUCGACACAAAAUUUAGUAGUGUUUCUCGGCAGCAAGCUGCCCUCAGAAGAAUGUGAAUUCUAUCAGUUUUGUUAUGUUACAAGCAGCGGGGAGAUUCGCGGGGCUAGCUAUCCGUUUCAGAUCAGUUUUUCUAAGCCAGGCGAACUAGAGUGCAGCGAGGAAGAGGACGAAAGCGGCGAAACAUUAUUGAUUGUUAAAAAUCGCACAACUUUGCUCGAAGAUUCGCUUGCAAAAGCUUACGACGAAAAUUCUAGAUUGAAAGCUUCGAAAGAAAAAUUCGAAGAUGAUUGUCUCAAGUUUCAGGAUAUGAUCCUGCAGUUGGAGGCAAGAAAAAGCGAUCUGGUUUCUCAAAAUGAAAAACAGAAAAGGUUGCUGGAAAAAGUGAAUUCUGAAAAAACUUUUUUUGAGGAAUCGUUUAAGGAGUCAGUCGAACAGCUGAAGAGUUCUCAGAGUGCUUUGAAGUUGGCAAACGAAAAAACGGAAGAAGUUCAAAAGCAGCUGGAUCAUGAACGACUAUGCCAUGUCCAAACAACUUCAGAGCAGCAGAAGUUUGAUGAAGAAAGAUCACAGCUCCUACAUGUAAUUUCCCAAAGAGAUGGCACAAUCCAAAACUUUUUGGACAGUAUUGAGGAAAAUAGUUGCAAGGCUGCAUCUUUGGAAUGUGAAAUUCAGAAAAUAAAAAGUGAGAAAGAAGCUGUGCUGGAAGAUUACAAUAAGCUUGUUGUUGAAAACAUCAAGACCAAUGAUUCUCUGGUCAAAUCAAAUCAAGCACAUGCAGCCUUGGAAAAAUCUGUGGCUGAACAAUGUGAACAAGUUUAUCAAUUACAAGCUGAGAAUUUGGUGAUGAAAGAUGAAUUGGCUGCCACUCAGAAAGAGCUGGAGGAUAUGUCCCAAUCAUUUGGCAAUAAACAAUCAUCCAUUGCUCAAGAACUUUGUAAGUAUGAAACCCAAAUUGAAUUGGUUACAUCGCAGUUAGAAGGCUCCCAGAAAGAGUUGUCUGCCACCAAGGAGAAACUUGAUGAUGCCCUUUCAGUCCUAGAAAAGGAGCAAAAAGUUAAUCAAGAACAAGUCCAAGAAUAUGAGGGGUCCAUUUUGAAGAUACAAAAUCAGCUGGACCAAGAGAGAGCUUUCAACAACUCAUUGUGUUCUGCAUCUGAUCGCCAAGUUGGUGAACUUCAAGAACAAUUGAAUGUUCAAUUGCAAUUGAAUUCUUCAGCUUUGAAGCAGACUGAAAAGCAAACUCAAGAAAUUAAACAUCUAGAAGAGAAAAUAACUGUAAAAGAGAAUGAAAUUGAAAGAAUGCAACUUGAAAUGGAGAACUAUGCACAGGAAUUGGAAUCUAUUAAAAAGCUGGAAAACGGAAGUUCGCAGUUAAAUGCAGAUGCCAGCAAGGCUGAAGGAAAUAUCGCUUUGGAGGGAUCAUACUUUGCUUUAAAAACAGCCCAUGAGCAACUGAGAAAGCAGUACAUACAGGCCAAGAAAGAUAUGGAAAAUGUCUGGCGUCAAAAAGCUGAUUUGAAGCGACAGCUUGCUACUAUUCAAUCUGAAAUGCCUGAAUCUGACCUGCGAUUCCAAAUGGCUAACCUAAAAAAGCAAAUUGAAGACCUUCGUAUACGACUGAAUAUGGGAGCUGAAGCAUACAAGACAAAGUUUAAAGAGUGUCAGAAGUAUGAAAAGCAACUCAAGAAGGUUCAAAAAGUCCCCAGUUGUCAGAAAACAACACAAAGUCCAUCAUCAAUGGCAGAGUUUGAGAUUCAAAAUCUUAAACAGACACUUGAGAACGAAAAGACAACUGCAGCCACCCUGAAGAAAUCUUUGGAAAACUAUAAGGAGGAAACACACAAUGCAAGAGAAGAAUUGUCAACGAUUAAAAAAGAAAAAGAAUUCUUGCAACGACAAGUCGCCACUCUCGAAAAAGAAGUUUGCAUCGGCAAUGAAGAAACACAAAAGCGUCUGGUUGAAGAUAAAGAGCUCCAAUCCCACAUUGAAUGUCUCCACAAUCAGUUGGAGGCAAAGUGCAAUGCCCUAAAUGAUAUUGAAGAGAAGUACAAGGCAUUAACUGAGAACAACGAAGGUGUGAUUGCACCAUUAAGUGACGAGAAUGAAAAACUUCAGCGUGCCCUUGAAGAUGCAUCCAAUCAAAAUGAUUCGAUAGUGAUGGAGAUGCAAGCUGAGAGAAUUAAAUGGAAACAGCAGAUGGAGAAGCAGAAUGCACUUAUAGAAGAACUGAAAAGAAAAAUUGGUGUUGAUUGUGUUGCUUCGCAAGACGACGCAAACAAAGACAAUGUAUUUGAGUCGACCAUAGUGGAGAAGACUAGCCGAGGACCCCCUUCGACCUCGAUUCAACCUGAGCAUCAGUGUCCUAUCUGUGAAAUUUUUUAUCCACCCCACUGCGCGCAGAAGGACUUUGAAGAACACGUUCGUUCACAUUUUGAUGAUUAGUGAUAGGUACGUAAGAAUGGAAUAAAAAAAUUUGUGUACUGCAUUUAUAAUUAAUUAGCCUAAAAUCGACACAUUGUAAGUGUGUGUACUAUAGACGCGGAAAUCAGCAUUCAAAGAAUUCCUUUGGUUUGAAUAAACCGUCAGACCAAUAGUCUGAAAUGCAGACAAUUUUAGGCAGUCAAAAAAAAUUAUCUAUGCUAAGCCCCCAACAUUUACUUCGAGGGAGCUAUAAUCUCCCCUGUCCUGAGUCUCAGGUGGACAUCUGAAGCGAAAAAUAGCCGAAUCAAUAAAUUUAGGAUUUCGUCUAAGAUAUAGUACACGUACUUCAUAAGUUAUAUAUCGUAGAAAGAGAGGGAAAUUUGUAAUACAAAGUAUGAUAAUUUAGAUCGAAAAUGGGCUAAAACAUUUGGCGUAAAAACAGGCAUUAAUAGUACUGCAAGAGCAAGUUGUUAGAGCUGAAAUGGUUAAGUAAUUCUAUACCCAUAUAUAUCCGAUUAAUAUAGAGUUUUGUAUACUUGGCUCGUGCAACUUAUGUCAAUACCCCCAUUGGAGUGCGCAUAGAUUAUAUAUCCACUAUGUUUAAAGACAUUAUUUUACUACUAAAACCAUGUGGAAUGCUUUUGAAAUAGUAACUUUUUAAUAAGUUCUUUACACGUUUGUUCGUGUAAGCACCACGUGAGUUAAGUUUUGCAAAACUUAAUUAAUUGUUAAAAAAUUAAAUUAUUGCAAAGCUAAAUUCAUCUGGCGUUUCCACUAAAAAAUCCAUAAUUCCAGCAAAUCAUAUAAUGGUCUGUCUAGUUCCCACGUUUUUGUCUCCACGUUCACCUGACUGAAAUAACAUAUAAUUAUAAAGAACUGAAUAUAUAAUUACAGUACUCCACUAAGGUGGCUCCCUACAGUUUUAAUUAGGUUGCACACCGUUGUGCUUAUUUUAUCAUGUUGCCAGGUUUGAUCACGAAACUCGGCUAGGUAACUGCUACAUCAAUGCAUAUUACGAACGAUUAACAAUUUCGUUAAUGGACCUUUUGCAUAUAAUAAACCAAUUUUUUAUUCGGGCAACAAAAAGGAAAUUUCCUAAAAGUUUGGCUGCGAAAUGUUGCAAAGUAUGGAAAAAAAUAGCCAGGCGAAGUUGGCAAUUUGUAUACUUUUUUACUACGGCCGGAAGUGUGUAACUAAACUAGUUACACGCUCCCGACCGUAGUAUAAUGUAGUAUAUAUUUUCCAUACUUUACAACAUUUCGCUGCCAAACUUGGCAAAUAUACUAAUUUCGGUAUGCUCUUUUUAGCUGUGGUGAUUUAUUUCCUUCUUGCUAUGUAGAUCAUAAGCUGGUCUAUUAUGCAAAAGGUCCAUUAUUCUCUGUUUUACAACAGGGCAAUUUUAAAAUAAAUAAAUUUUCUCCGGUAAAAGUUUCUAAUUCUUUGCACACAGGAAUAUUACCUAUAUUUAGUUUAAAUGAUGGCAAACCGUUGUGCUGAAAAAAUAAUCGUACGAGCACUUUUUGAGGUAAUUUUUUUAUCUUUCGCUCGUACGGUUUUAUUAACUUCUACACAUUUCUAUAUUAUUCAUUUCAAUAUUAGAGGGAAGUCAGAGAGGUUUUAAAAAUAUUUACCGGAAGAAACA